AUGGCUAGUAUCUCUCGUGCUGCGUUCCCGCAGCUUACCUCCAUUGUACGACAUAAUGCUACGCGCCGAUUCCACUCCUCCCCCUUGAAAGCCGCCGUUGCACACCCGAUCACUGCCCAUGGUCCCCCGCCCAAGGCCCCGGCUCCUUCAGCAGAGUUCAAGGGCAAGGCAAGCCAAUCGCAAAACUCAGAGAUCUCCCAGGAACAAAAUUCGUUACCCAGCCCAGCUAAGCCUACUGGACUGAAGGCGCGUUUCUGGAACAAUGUCCACGUGCAGGCACAGGCUGGAGAAUACCAUGUCCUUCUCGAUAAGCGACCCGUCAGAACUCCGAACAAAGAUAUCCUCUCUAUUCCCCACACAAAGCCUCAUUUGGCACACGCGGUCGCCCUGGAAUGGGAUGUGAUGACCUCCGCUCAACAAGCUCUGAAGAGCCACCUUAUCCCCCUGACCUCCCUCUCCGCACGCGCCGCCGAUAUCGCCAUAGAAGAUGCUCAGGGUGACACAACUACCCGACAACAGAUCAUCCAGACUGCCAUGCGCUACCUAGACACCGACACUCUUCUCUGCUGGGAGCCGGAGCGGGAAUCAAAUAUUUUCGACCGGAAGCCGGAAGCAGGAGAAGAGAAGACCGAGAGCUUGCGCGAGAUCCAGAUUCGCGUCUCUCAAGAUAUCAUGGCUUUCUUGUCUACCAAGGUCUGGCCAGGUCUUGAAAUUAAGCCCAUCCUGGAUUCCAACAGUAUCCUCCCGGUGUCUCAGUCUCAGGCCACUAAGGAUAGCAUUAAAACUUGGGUGUCCGAAUUGGCCCCUCAUGAUCUUGCUGGCCUGGAGCGAGGCAUUCUCGCCUCAAAGAGUCUGCUGGUUGCCGUGCGUCUCAUGGUGGAAUGGAGUGAGAACUUCCGUCACCUGCAGCGCUCCGGUGUGAAGAAGUUUGGUCUGGAUGAGGCGGCCGAGGCCUCUAACUUGGAGGUUAAGUGGCAGACUGAUAUGUGGGGUGAGGUUGAAGAUACCCACGAUGUGGCCAACGAGGAUCUGAAGCGACAACUUGGCAGUGUUGUCAUUCUGGUCAGCGCGCUAUCUCUUUUACACCGCGAUAAAUCUCGCGGCGAAGAUAAAAGCCAGGACGAAACCACUGACGCCAACUCGGUCGCAUCAGGCUCGACGAAUGGCUCUUCUCGAAUGACCCACGCCCGCAGCCUAAGCCGUCACAGCCGCCGCAAGACUGCCCAGGACCCGAGUCCACCUCCCACAAGUUCAACCCCGGCCAUCCUCGAACACGCCCCUACCGAUCAGAGUCCUCAGGAUAUGGAUCAGACAGAUUCCGCUCCUCCAACUGAAAGCGGCAGCAUGUCCCUGGACCAGUCCGUGCGAACCUUUCGUUUAUUCGAGAUCCUGCGCAGUGGAGAUACCAAUGCCAUCGGCAAGGUCAUCCAGGAGUCCGGGGAUCCACAGGUGGCCAACAACCUUUAUGGAACGACUAUUCUCCAUUUGGCCCUACAGUGUGCUGAACCCCAGGUUGUAGAGUUCGUGCUGUCUUCGGGUAACGGGCUAGACAUCAACGCGCGCGAUCGUGAAGGGAACACACCGCUGCAUCUGGCGGCUCAGCUAGGACGAGUCUCGUUGGUUCGUGACCUGAUCAGCAGACCCGAGGUCAACGAUGCCAUAGUGAACUACCGUGGCCAGACACCUCUGGAUGUUGCGCGGAACCCUGAGAUCUUCCAGCAGCUGCAACUAGCUCGGUCCCUGUUCAUCGAUAGCAAGACCCAGGAGAUCCAGGUCUUGAUCAGCAAAAAGGACUAUGAGAAUUUGGAGAAAUUAUUGGAGGAACCUCGCGCGGAGGGCAUUUUGGAUGUCAAUAGCUUGGAGUUGGUUACUGACAAGGCCACUGUACAAUCAGGGGGUACUCUGUUGCACGAGGGCGCUCGGAAUAAAGAUGCCCAACUUAUUCAGAUUCUUCUUACCCAUGGCGCGGAUCCUUUCCGUCGUGAUAAGAAGGGGAAACUGCCUCAAGAUGUUACCAAGGAUGACAAGACCCGGGCGCUUUUGAAAAAGUCCCCGGCUGCUGUUAUUGCACAGCGCGGGAUCCAGGAGCGGGCUAUCCUUGGAAACAGCAAUGCGCAGGGUCUCUCUGGACGUGCCUCUAUCGGCGAGGCACCGCUCGCUGGUAAAGAUGCUCGUGAAAUGAGAGGCUAUCUUAAGAAAUGGACUAACUACACAAGUGGUUACAAACUGCGGUGGUUUGUACUUGAGGAUGGUGUUCUGAGCUACUACAAGCAUCAAGAUGAUGCUGGCUCCGCUUGCCGUGGAGCUAUAAAUAUGAAGAUUGCACGUCUCAACAUGGAUGCUCAGGAUAAGACUCGGUUUGAAAUUCAUGGAAAGUCAUCUGUCAAGUAUCAUUUGAAAGCGAACCAUGUCGUGGAAGCCAAGCGCUGGUUCUGGUCUCUGAACAAUGCGAUCCAGUGGGCCAAGGACGAAGCCAAAGAGGAAGAACGGCAACGAUCCAAGAACGCGGAAGUACUCCGUCAAGCCAAGAUGGACCAAGCAACUGAUACACCUUCUGAGUCUGGGCUAAGUCGCAAAACCAGUGGCAGAAGUCCUCUCCCAUCUUCUCUUGGCAUCCCUGGCAGCAGCACCAACAGACUUAGUUCAUUUACAUCAAGAACGACACUAGACACAUUGCCUGGAGAGGACGAUGGUUCUGUAUAUGGCUCAGUGGACCAGAGUGUUGCUCCAAAUGAGGUGAACCGAGUCAUUAGCCACGUCACCACAGCCCCUGAUGGAGAUGUGGAUGAUGAUGACUUUAAUGACUAUGCUUCUAGCCGUGAGAUGCCUGAUAAUGAUAAGGAUGCCCUUAAUAUUACGGCCCAGUCUGCUAAAUUACAGUUGGAUCUUCUUGCAAAUGUCGCUGCCUCUCUCCAGGCCGAAAGAACAAAGAACCCUGAAAUGUCAAUUGCCGACCCUGCUGUUGAGCAAGCGCUCACUGCCUAUGAAGCCGCUGUGAGCAGUCUUAAGGGCCUUGUUCAGAACCUCCUCAAGAUUUCACGAGACCGCGACUCCUACUGGCAAUACCGAUUGAACCGUGAAGAGCACCUUCGCCACAUGUGGGAAGAAAGCAUGGCACGUGUUGCCCAAGAGCAUGAAGAAUUACAAGGGAAGAUGGGUGAAUCAGAAGAAAAGCGAAAGCGAACUAAGAAGGCUCUGAAGGAGGCAUUGGAGAGUGCAACCGCCGCGAGCCGCUCUAUGACAGAGUCCUCAUCACGCAUCCCUGCUGAACAAACCAGUGAUCUGGAGACAAGCCAACCAGAGAUCCGUGAGCCUGGGCUAGCAUCAGAAACAGAUCUGCUGGUGCAGUCAACAGCUGAGCCAGCCAUAAGCCGCAAGCCCUCUGUCCUUUCUCAUAUUAGCAGCCUUUAUGACUCUGAGUCAGACGGAGAUGAGUUCUUUGAUGCCAUCGACGCUGGUGAGAUUGAAGUCGAAGAAUUUGACCAAGCUCCAGAGGCUCAGGAGCCCGAGGAGCCCGAGGACGAAAUUACUCAAAUUCGAAACGAGAAGGCUAUAGUGAUUAAGCCGUCCUUUAGAGGUUACGAAGAUCCUGUUAGACAAAGACUCAAGAUGGACAAUGACGAUCGACCAAAGAUCUCGCUUUGGGGAAUUCUGAAAUCUAUGAUUGGCAAGGAUAUGACGAAGAUGACUUUGCCUGUGUCUUUCAACGAGCCUACCUCAUUGCUGCAGCGAGUCGCUGAAGAUCUGGAGUACACCGAUCUACUUGAUGUCGCCGCAGACCGCGCAGACUCCAUGGAGCGUCUUCUUUAUGUGGCUUCGUAUGCCGCCAGUGAAUAUGCCUCGACAAUUGGACGUGUGGCUAAGCCAUUUAACCCUCUGUUGGGUGAAACCUUUGAGUAUGUUCGACCUGACAAGGGCUACCGGUUCUUCGUUGAGCAAGUUAGCCACCACCCUCCAAUUGGUGCGGCGUGGGCUGAGUCUCCCAAGUGGGACUACUGGGGAGAAUCCUCGCUUAAGUCUAAAUUCUACGGCAAGUCAUUUGACAUCAAUCUCCUGGGUACUUGGUUCCUUAAGCUACGCCCAUGCACUGGAGGAGAAGAAUUGUAUACUUGGAAGAAGGUCACCUCUUCUGUGAUUGGUAUCAUCACAGGAAACCCCACCGUGGACAAUUAUGGUUUGAUGGAAAUUAAGAACUGGACUACUGGCGAGGUCUGCUAUCUGGACUUCAAGCCUCGUGGAUGGAAAGCAUCAUCUGCCUACCAAGUCACCGGUAAAGUUGUUGACCGUGACGGCUCCCCGAAGUGGAGCAUUGGUGGUCGAUGGAACGACAAGAUCUAUGCUCGUCACACUCCAGGAUUCGAGGCUCCUGUUUCUGGUCAAGAUCCUGAAUCUGCCAAGACAUUGUUGGUUUGGCAGGCUCAUGAACGUCCCAAGGGUAUUCCAUUCAACCUUACGCCGUUUGUUCUCACUCUUAAUGCCAUUCCCGACAACCUGCGCUCUUGGCUACCCCCUACCGAUACCCGACUACGUCCCGAUCAGCGUGCUAUGGAGGAUGGAGAGUAUGACUUUGCAGCAAAUGAGAAACACCGUGUGGAAGAGAAGCAGCGUGCGAAGAGGCGAGAGCGGGAAACUACUGGCGAAACUUAUUCCCCACAGUGGUUUGGUCGAGCUAGAUGUCCUAUCACUGGUGAAGAAUAUUGGGCACAUAACGGAAAAUACUGGGUUAGUCGGGAUGCUCAGGAUUGGAGCCUGUCUGAGGAUAUCUUCUAA